GUCAGUUAAUUGUUGGACAUUCGCUGGUAUGGUUGGAAGUUAAAAAAAUUAAAAAAAAAAAAAAAACUUAUCACAUUAUACCUUUUAACUUUUUAACACAUUCGUCGUCUUGUUUCUUGGUCGCGCGUUUAUAAGUAUCUGCAAUUUUAUUUUGUUUAACUUUUUUGGCUGCAUUAACAGUUAUAAUUAUCAAUAUGAUAAUACUCGUUGUGUCGGGUUAAAUAAUAAUUUUCAUUAAGGAAGUGCAUCUAAAAUUGGGUAUAGAGUCGUUCGGGACCUGAUCAAAAUAUUAUACACCAUCACCACAAAGGGAAAGCCACCCCAAAAAGUAUCUCAAAGAGAGUGCCUGUGUUGAAUUUAAUUUUUUUUUUAAAUCAAUUGUUCUUUUCUGUUAUUUUUGUGAUCAGAAUUAAAAAUUAGAAAAUUUGAUAAAAAAAAAUUUGAAGAAGUAAAAAAAUAACUACUUUUUGUAUCUUUUCAAAAAAAAAAGUUACGCGCGUUCGGUAAAUUUUUGAGUGCGUUACUCUUUGGAUUUUUUUAAUUAUAUUUUUUUAUAAUACCCACUGCCAUAAUUGGAUUAAUUAAAAGCCAAACCAACAUGAUUAUAAGAAUAUUUUUAUUAGCAAUCGCAUUAAUAAAUGUGAAUAAUGCACAAGGACAAUUUCAUUCAUUUGGACAAAAUAUAAACACAGAAUAUGGACAGGAUUGUGCGCUCGUGCUAUCUGGACCAGGAAGAUCAUCUGUUUAUGAUUAUAAUGUUAAUCUCUUUAGAGGAUCAGUAAAUCCAUACUCUGGUGACAACACUUGCAUAACUUAUGAUGCAGUAAAUGCAGCUUACUUGGAUGCCAGGAAGAGAAUCCAUGUAUCAACACCAAAGGGCGAAUGGAAGACCGAAGAUAUUGCAACUGUUGGUGAAUUAUUAUUGGAUAUUUCAAUACAAUUAGCAAGAACAUAUGGAUUAUCAUACGAAGAAAUUGAAAAAGGACUUCCAACAAUUGAUACAUCAAAAACUCUUAUCCGAGAAGUUUGUCCACCCUUCUUUUCCGGAGUUGAAUGUCGUCCGGGCAAAUAUCGUCGUUUUGACGGAUUAUGCAACAACAUUGAACAUCCAACAUGGGGUGCAACUAUGUCACCAUUCCAACGUCUAGUCGGUCCUCUUUAUUCCGAUGGCAUAAAUGCGCCAAGAAUUUCUGUCACCGGAAGAGAUUUGCCAUAUUCGCGUGUUGUGUCACGUACAAUGCAUCCAGACGAUGGAUUCCAUGAUCACGCCGGAACUGUAAUGGUAAUUGCAUGGGGACAAUUUAUGGAUCAUGAUUUCACGCUCACUGGCACACCGCUAGAUCCAAUCAACCGUAACGAUCCGGAGGAAUGUUGCAAGCGGCCAUUGCACUUGAAGCACCCAUAUUGUAAUGAAAUUCGUAUUCCUGACGAUGAUUAUUUCUACAGAUUGUUCAAUGUCAAGUGUAUUGACUUCGUGCGUGGAUUUCCUUCACCUAGGCCUGGAUGUAGAUUGGGAUCUCGCCAACAAUUCAACACGCUAACCGGUGUGAUUGACGCCAACACAGUUUAUGGUGUAAAAGAACACUUUGCGCGCAAACUUCGCACAGGCUAUGGUGGUCUAAUGCGUAUGAAUCCAGUCUUCCAAGAAUAUGGUCUUAAAGAUUUGCUACCACUUAAAUUAGACAUCCCAGAUGAAGGAUGCACCCGACCCAACAAGAGUAUGUUCUGCUUUGAAGGUGGCGAAAUUCGUGUCAACGAACAACUUGUUCUCACCUGCAUGCACACCCUAAUGGCACGCGAACAUAAUCGAUUGGCUACCGCUUUGGCUGACGUCAACAAACACUGGGACGAUGAGACCCUAUUCCAAGAGGCACGUCGCAUCAACAUUGCCAUCGUUCAACAUGUUACUUAUAAUGAAUUUUUGCCAAUUCUCCUGGGCAAAGAAAUUAUGGAAAAGUUCGGUUUAGUCUUGCAAAAAGAUGGCUAUUGGGAUGGUUAUGACCCCAAGGUUAACCCUGGCAUUAUUGAUGCUUUCGCUGGUGCUGCCUUCCGUUUUGGCCACUCCCUAUUGCCAACAGCAGUCGAACGCUGGUCGAAAGCACACAAAUUUAUUGCUUCAAAGAGAUUGUCAGAUUUAAUUCGUCGCCCAUACGAUUUGUACCGUGCCGGUGUACUUGAUGAGUACUUCAUGGGCUUGAUGAAUCAAGUUGCCCAAGCUAUGGAUGACUCAAUCACACAAGAAGUCACGAAUCAUCUAUUUAAAAAGGAAGGUGCUAGAUUCGGCAUGGAUUUGGUCUCGUUCAACAUGCAGCGCGGUCGUGAGUUUGGCUUGCCCGGCUACAUGGAGUUCAGAAAGUUCUGCGGUCUGCCGACCUCGAACACGUGGGAUGAGAUGUUUGGUUCAAUGCCGAACGAGACAAUUGUCAGAUACGAAAGUAUUUUUGAACAUCCAGCAGAUAUUGAUUUAUGGUCGGGUGGUGUGUCAGAAAAGUCGUUGCCUGGAUCAAUGUUGGGACCGACUUUCGCUUGCAUAAUUGCAACCCAGAUGAGCUAUGUUCGUAGAGGUGAUCGUUUCUGGUAUGAGAUGCCAAAUCAACCGUCAUCAUUUACACCCGAACAAUUACAGGAAAUUAGAAAGGCGAAACUUUCACGUUUGAUUUGCGAUAAUACAGAUUUAAUAGAUACUAUUCAAAUCUAUCCAAUGGUGCUACCUGAUCAUGAAAUCAAUCCAAGGGUUCCGUGUAAGAGUGGAGUGAUUCCAUCAAUAAAUAUAUCAAAGUGGGCGGAUUAUGGUGGUUCGGAUUACUCACCGCCAGUUUAUCAGAAUUUCCUGAACGAAAUCCCCGACACACUGCUAAAGAAGAAAUAAAAUACACGUCAUUUAAAUAAAUCUAUCAAAAAGACGUGAUAUUCUGCUCUCUAAAUUAUAAAAAAAAAAAAACAUAAACUCACAUCAUGAAGUCAUUAAAUCCAUUUUAGACUUAAAGAAAGAACAUUGACAAAACUCUGCAAAAUCACAUGCGAAAUAUUAUUUAAGAAUUAAUUUAAACAAAAAUAGUUCAAUAUUUUUUUUCUAUCUUAAGCUUAUUUCUUACAAAAUUAAAAUUAAAAUAUGGUUUAGUUUUGACGCAGAGGAAUAUAUUCCAUAUUUAGUUUUUUUUUUUUGAUAAAUUUUUAAACAAUUUAAAUAACAUUCCUUCACUUCUUAUCUAAUCUAAGUCACCUAAUCGGAUUUUAGCUGAUACCUUUAUAUACUCCUUUACCACACUGUUUAUUAAUUUUAUACUUUUCAUACAAGAAAUGCUAAAAUUGUUGAACAAAAUAAAAAUGUCUUAAGUUUGUAAAUGAAAAUAUAUAAAAAUAAAAAUCAGCAUUAUUUUGUAACUUGCAGCCAUUUAAGCAUAA